AUGCUGAAACUCAAGUAUUAAUAAUAUUGCAAUAAGAAAAUUGAUUUUAUAAUAAAUUUUAGCAUAGAUUGGGCUAUCUUUUUUCAUAAUUAAACAAGAAUUCUGGUUAAUUAUGUAAAAUAAACGAUAGAUAAAUAUAAAAUGAAAUCUUAGAUUGGACUUGGAAAUUAUUCAUAAAAUGUAAUAUUUUGAGAUUGGAAUUAAAUUCUUUAAAAAAUGUCUCCAAUAUUAAUUGUUAUAUAAUGAUUUAAAUUAUAAAAAUGAAGUAUACUCAAAAUUUGAUGUUUGUUAUUACUAUCCUAAAGAAAUUGAAAAAGCUAAUGAGUUCAGACAUACUCAAAGUUUUCUUUAAUAUGAAUUUGAACAGAAAUUAUGCUGAAAUUAUAAAUACUCCUAUUUUGAAUCAAUUAAAUCUACCUUUUCCUUAAGAUAUAUUAUCAAUUUCUUAAUAAAUAUAUCUUAUUAUGAUCAAUCCUAGAACUUUUAAUGAAUCUAAGACUUCUUCACAAGAAGAAGGUCUAUUUUUGAAUAAAACCUUUAUAUUAAAAAUUUUCAACAAAAUCAAUGAAUGGACUACUAUUUUAAAAAGAUAUUUUACAGUUUAAUCUAAACAAAUAAUUUAAUUAAUUUAAUUAUUCUUAUGUCAAUAUAAAAUUACAAGAUUCACUUUAUAAACUAAAGAAUUUGAAGUUGAAAUUUAAAUUCCAAAAAUUCUUAUAAACAUUUAUGAUAAAUAAUUUAAAAGUUACAUAAAAAGUAAUGCUUUGAUUCUUUAUUGA